CUUGACCCCUUCAUAUUUUUGGAAAGUUUCCUUUCCCGCCCCCUUUAACUCUUGCUGAGAGGUCAAAGAUCGCAUUCUUGAGUACUCACCCGCCACAGUAAUCAAAGCGUUGGUUAAGAGGACAGAAACGGCACCUUUCUCCAGACUGGGGUGAUGCAACAGGGACCUGAGCGGAGAAAACAAUGGGGGUCUGGGAAAGAGGACCGUGAGCAAGUCAUUGGCCACAGAGAUCCUUUUUUUGGAGGGAUGACUCGAGAUGAUGACGAUGAUGAAGACGACGAAGAGGAGGAAGACAGUGGUGCGUGGGGUCGAGAGAGCUAUGCGUUUGAUGGUUUUCACCCUACAGAGGAAUUCGGUUUCAGCUUCAGCCCCAGAGGAGGGAUGCGAUUCCAUGGCAACUUUGGCUUUGAUGAUCUAGUUCGAGAUUUUAAUAGCAUCUUCAGCGAGAUGGGGGCCUGGACCUUGCCUUCCCACUCUCCUGAACUUCCAGGUCCUGAGUCAGAAACACCUGGUGUGAGAUUGCGAGAGGGGCAGACACUUCGUGACUCAAUGCUUAAGUACCCAGAUAGUCACCAACCCAGGAUCUUUGAGGGGGUCUUGGAGAGUCAUGCAAAACCUGAAUCCUCCAAACCAGCUCCAGAUUGGGGGUCCCAGGGACCUUUUCAUAGGUUGGAUGAUACAUGGCCUGUGAGUCCCCAUUCUAGAGCCAGAGAGGACAAGGAUCUUGACUCCCAGGUUUCCCAGGAAGGUCUGGGUCCACUUCUUCAACCCCAGCCUAAAUCCUAUUUCAAAAGCAUCUCUGUGACCAAGAUCACUAAGCCAGAUGGGACAGUGGAGGAACACCGCACUGUGGUGGACAGUGAGGGCCGGAGAGAGACCACAGUGACCCAUCAAGAAGCCCAUGACAGUUCCAGAAGUGAUCCAGAUCCUCCAAGAUCUUCAGCUUUGGAUGAUCCCUUUUCCAUCCUGGACCUGCUUCUAGGACGUUGGUUUCGGUCCCGAUAGCUUUCUUGAACUUCAGAGGCCUUCAGGUCCUUCCCACCCCCUCCCUCCCUGUUGCCCAUUGCCAAUAAGCAUAGCUUUUGCUGUCAUCCUGGGGUCUUAAAUGUGUGGAACAAUUAAUCGAGCUUAUGCCAGUCUGUCAUUCAUCCGAACUGAACAAUAAAGCCUUUAUUUAUGUUAAA